CUGCUAUAUAGUGACGUGGUCUAUCAUCUGUCAUCGGGGCAAUACGGUCAACUCGACACUUCGGGAACGAAGGCGGGUUUGAGAGUGCGGCUCCCUGGUGCAAGCCAUCGUUCGGAGCAAAAUGACCACUUACGAGGAAUUUAUUCAACAAAACGAAGACAGGGACGGCGUCCGUUGUACCUGGAAUGUAUGGCCAUCGAGCAGACUCGAAGCCUCGCGUCUUGUCGUGCCACUGGGCUGUCUCUAUCAACCUUUAAAGGAACGCCCAGAUCUGCCACCCGUUCAAUAUGACCCUGUUUUGUGUGGUGGAAACCAGUGCCGGGCUAUCCUCAACCCUCUGUGCCAGGUCGACUACAGAGCAAAAUUGUGGGUGUGCAACUUUUGUUUCCAGAGAAACCCGUUCCCACCACAGUACGCUGCAAUAUCUGAGCAGCAUCAACCAGCCGAGCUGAUUCCACAAUUCUCUACCAUAGAAUACACUUUGAUGCGCAACCAAGGCUUGCCACCAAUAUUUUUGUUUGUGGUCGACACUUGCAUUGACGAUGAAGAACUCACUGCCCUUCGGGAUUCUCUGCAAAUGUCCCUGAGUUUACUGCCUCCUAACGCUCUUGUAGGACUUAUCACCUUUGGCAAGAUCAUUCAGGUGCACGAGUUGUGUUGCGAAGGAGUUUCCAGGAGCUAUGUCUUCAGGGGCACAAAGGAUUUAACCGCCAAGCAAGUCCAGGAUAUGCUGGGGAUUGGUAAAGUUGCACCGGUUGCUCCCCGUCAACAGCCGCAACAGCCAGGCAUGCCGACCAUGAUGCAACCGCAGCCUCAACAGCCGCAGACACCUGCAAACAGAUUCUUGCAGCCUGUGCACAAGUGUGAUAUGAGUUUGACUGAUUUGCUUGGAGAGCUGCAGCACGACCCAUGGCCUGUGUCACAAGGAAAGCGACCACUUCGAGCAACUGGUGUUGCGCUCUCAAUCGCAGUCGGCUUGUUGGAGGCCACCCUUUGUAUUGGCCCAGAGUUUAAGAACUAUCCCUCCAGGUGCUCAUAUCCCAACACUGGUGCUCGAAUAAUGCUGUUUGUCGGAGGUUCGUGUUCUGAAGGCCCUGGACAAGUAGUGAACGACGAACUGAAGCAGCCAAUCCGCUCUCACCAUGACAUCCACAAAGACGCUGCCAAGUACAUGAAGAAGGCCAUCAAGCACUACGAGGGCUUAGCCACCAGGGCAGCCACUAACGGCCACGCCAUAGACAUCUACUCUUGUGCACUCGAUCAGACUGGACUUUUAGAAAUGAAGCAGUGCUGCAAUGCUACAGGUGGCCAUAUGGUUAUGGGCGACUCGUUCAACUCGACCCUUUUCAAGCAAACUUUCCAGCGCGUCUUCGUGCGCGACCACAAACAGGACUUCAAAAUGGCAUUCAACGCUGUUUUAGAAGUCAAGACAUCAAGAGAGCUCAAAGUGUCUGGAGCAAUUGGGCCUUGUGUGUCGAUGAACGUCAAAGGCCGAUGCGUUUCCGAAACAGAAAUAGGCCUUGGAAACACUUGUCAGUGGAAAUUCUGUACUCUUAGCCCAAGUUCAGCUGUUGCAGUAUUCUUCGAGGUUGUUAGCCAGCAUUCAGCACCAAUUCCUCAAGGUGGCCGAGGUUGCAUCCAAUUUAUAACACACUACCAGCACUCCAGUGGCCAGAGAAGAGUCAGAGUGACAUCAAUAACCAGAAACUGGGCAGAUGCUGCAGCAAAUCUGCACCACAUAAGUGCUGGAUUUGAUCAAGAAUGUGCUGCCGUCUUGAUGGCCAGAAUGGCAGUGUUCAGAGCAGAAACCGAUGAAAAUCCCGACACAUUGCGCUGGGUCGACAGAAUGCUCAUUCGCAUUUGUCAAAAGUUUGGUGAGUACGCUAAGGAUGAUCCGAACAGCUUCCGACUGCCAGACAACUUCAGUUUAUACCCACAGUUCAUGUACCAUUUGCGGCGCUCACAAUUUUUGCAAGUCUUUAACAACAGCCCUGAUGAGACAUCGUUCUACAGGCACAUGUUGAUGAGAGAGGACUUGACCCAAAGUCUCGUCAUGAUUCAGCCCAUUUUGUACAGCUACAAUUUCAAUGGUCCUCCUGAACCUGUGCUUCUAGAUACAAGCAGCAUUCAGCCAGACAGGAUUUUGCUCAUGGACACCUUUUUCCAAAUUCUUAUAUUCCACGGAGAGACCAUUGCCCAGUGGAGAGCUGCCAAGUACCAGGAAUUGCCUGAAUAUGAAAACUUCAAGCAACUCCUCCAAGCCCCUAUCGAUGAUGCGCAGGAAAUCUUGCAGAGCAGGUUCCCAAUGCCUCGCUACAUUGAUACCGAACAAGGCGGAUCACAGGCUCGCUUUCUCCUUUCCAAAGUGAAUCCAUCCCAGACACACAACAAUAUGUACGCGUACGGAGGCCUCAUGACGCCAGUUCCACAAUCGGGCGAAGGAGGAGCUCCAGUAUUGACAGAUGACGUCAGCCUGCAGGUGUUCAUGGACCACCUCAAGAAACUGGCCGUCUCUUCCACUGCGUAAAAUGUGAGAGGCUUGCAAGCAGCGGCCAAGAAGCAAUUCGUUUUUGAUGGAAUCCAUACCUAUAAAUUGUUUUUAAUUCACUUUUCCAUUUGUUACUCUUGAAAAAGAACACAGCGUGGAAUUUACUAUUAUAUUUAUGAACAUUCGGGGACAAAGAAAUGAUUUAACGCAAGAGAGUUUAUAUAAGAUAUGAAAUUUUAAGUGAUUAAAAUUUUGAAUGCUGCUGGAAAUAAAGAGGGUUCGUUGACCAUA